UAACACGGGCAUGAGAAGAAAUUGGAUAAUGGCCGACUUUUGAUGGCAUGUGCUCCUCCUGAUUGGAUCAUAUAUUCUCUGCCGACACUCGAGGAGUGCAUCACACAAUACAGCAACCUAGCAAUAUCCUAAGAUGGGAAGCACCUCCAUUCUCUCAUCAAUAGUAAGAAGGCUCGAAGGCAAGGUCGCCCUGAUCACCGGCGGCGCCAGCGGCAUCGGCGAGUGCACGGCCAAGCUGUUCGCCCAACAUGGGGCGCGAGUCGUGGUCGUGGACAUCCAGGACGACAAGGGCCACUCUCUCUGUGCCGACCUUGGUCCCGCCGUCGCCUCCUACGUCCACUGCGACGUCACCAUUGAGGCCGACGUCAAGCACGCCGUCGACACCGCCGUCUCCCUCCAUGGGAAGCUCGACAUCAUGUUCAACAACGCGGGCGUCGUCGACGAUUUGAGCAGUGGCUUCCUCAACUGCGAGAAGUCGGCCUUCGAGAUGGUGGUGGCCGUCAACGUGCUUGGCGCCUACCUGGGGACGAAGCACGCGGCGCGCGUCAUGGCGCCGGCGCGCGCAGGCAGCAUCGUGACGACGGCGAGCGCGGCGUCGGUGAUGGGGGGGCUCGCGUCGCCGGCGUACACGUGCUCGAAGCACGCGGUGGUGGGGCUGAUGCGGUGUGCCGCGGCGGAGUUGGGGCCGUUUCGGGUGCGCGCGAACUGCGUGUCACCGCACGCAGUGGCGACGCCGAUGGCGAAGACGGCGUUGGGCUUCACCGACGAUGAGGAGCUGGAAAGGCUGGUGGAGGCGACGGCCAACCUCAAGGGCACGAUGCUGAAGGCGCAGGACCUGGCCGAGGCGGUGCUUUACUUGGGCAGCGAUAAGUCAAGGUACGUCAACGGGCACAACCUUCUGGUCGACGGAGGGUUCACCGUGACCAAGAGGUGGUAGCCAUCCAGCGAUGCAGACAGCUUCUGCAAUUGCUUGCAAUAAGUGAUGAGGGAAAUGGAACUGUUAACGCAGGAAUCAACAUUCUGCCAGUAGUCUUUGCUUGGUGUGAAACUUACGUUGGUUUUGGCAUUCACCAAUUGGCAUCCUCCACGACCGUACCAGACAUGCAAAACCAAUAAUAGUUCAUUGAAGCCUUCCAUAAACAAAGGUAGCUAUGACUCAGAAGAUUUAUAAUAUCCCACACUAGCAUUAAAAGACUGCAUCAAAUACAACAGCAGUCUUAAGCACAGCCAUUUUGUCAUGAAUACCAAGCAUUCAGCGUCUCCUAUA